CCUUUCUCAGUCUUUCUUUCCCAUUCCGGGUUGGCUGUUCCGCGUGGUUGCAACGCCUUCAAGGAAUAUGGCACACAAGCAGCAGUCGGUCGGCCGUGAGCCAGAAGGAGGAGGAGGAGGAGGAAGAAGAGGGAUCCCACUAACCCACCGCCACCACCCCCUCAAGCAAGCAAGACUCAGCAAGAGCAAGCAACAGGAACAAUAGCAGCAACACGACGAGGAAGACGAAGUGGGUGAGGGAGAGGUGGGGGGAGGGACGGAGAGAGGAGGAGAGAUCAGCUCCGCGUCGUCGACGAAGCACACGCUGCGACUUGCCGGGACUCCGCAAGCAACGCGGCGGGACACCACCAUCGUCGCAAGCACUCACGCAGGGAAGGAAGGAAGGAGACGCAUGCACGCAUGCCCCCACCUCAGCAGCGUGCUUUCGCCUUUGAUCACUCUAUCUUCCAUCACCAUUCCCCCACCCUUGGGUUUCGCAAUUAGGGCUUUCCCUGCUUUGGAGCACCGAUUGCUACUGCGACCCCUCCUCUGCCUGGUCCCCUUGCGUCUCUCGCUCUCUCUCCCUCUCUCUCUCAGGUUGUUUUGGUCUCCUUCCUCUCCUGUUGUUUUUGCAAGCUUUAUCUGUGUUUUUGUGAGUGUCCGUGAAGCUUUGUUGCCGAUCUCUGCGUCCGGCGGAUCCAGCCCCAGCUAAAUAAUCCGCCUCAGACCGACCGGCUUCAGAGCUCCCGAGCAAGAUGGUGGGAGUUGUCGAAACUCCAGUUGCCCCUGUGGAGGAUGGGGCACAGGCUGCAGUCUUCAAGCCUGUACCUUUGCGUCGGGUGAAGAGGCUAGAAAGGCCGAACAAGGCCGAGUUCGAUGAAGCUGUUGGAAAGUUGCAAGCUGAAAUGGAUGGCCUUCAAAACCGUGUGCGGGAGAUCAAGACCAUCUUGGACAACAAGCAGCAGAGUAGAGGAAUGGUUUCACCGGAGCUUGUAGAAGCGCGCGGACGUCUGACGGAGCUGAGUGUCACAUUUCGAAGUGUCUUAGAACAAAAAAAUGCUCUUCGCAAUGAGCUGAGUGUGCUUGAGAAGGAGCGGGAUAGGAAGCGACAUGAAGCGAGAUCGCUUCGUGAGAAUUUGCCUUACUCCAGAGUGGAGCAGAUUGACGAGGAGACAAAGAAACUUCAGUAUCGGCUUUCCCAUACAUCUCUCACUCUUCAGGAGGAGAAGAAAGUGCUGCAGCAGAUGAAGGACCUUACAAAGUCUCGCGACAUUGUCAAGGAUUACAACGAGAAACUCGAGAAGACUUCUCAAGAUGAUGGCACGAGGACAUCUUUGCUUGAGAAAAUCAAAGAGAAGGAUAUCUUGCUCAAUAGUUUGAAGGCGCAGGAGCAGCAGCAGCGGAAGGUUCUGGGAGACAUCAAGGAGAAGGAGGCCGCGCAGGCAAUCAACGUCCCUGCGUUGAUUGAGGAGAGGAACGUAGCAUAUGAGAGGAUCAAAGUUUUGAGGGAUGAGGUGAAGAGUCUACGAACGGAGUUCCGGUCAAAGGAGGACGAGUUCUGGGAACGAGAGAGAGAAUGGAGGGAGCAGCAGGCCGUGGAGAGGAAACGUGCUUUUGAUAAGAGAGAGGAAGAGAGGAGGGAGAGGGAAGCGUACCGGAAGCAGAAAGAGCUGGAGAAUUUCGUUGAGCCUUACACUGAUGAGAUUAUCUUAUGUGACCAGCUCUUCCAUUACCUCCAGAAAUAUGCUCCUUCCACGGAAGAAGCAACCACAAACGUCGCCUCCUCGAAAGUAGAAAUCCUGGCUCCGAAGGGCGUUGGAAAUGUGAUCCUGAGCAAAAAGAACAGGAAUGACGAAGAACUGGAUGGCUGGUUUGCAGGCUCAGGAGGCAAGUCCAAAGGCAAGAAAGUUGGAUCUGUAAAGAACAAAGAAAAAGAGAGAAUUUCUUUGUCCUUGGACGCCCUCACCUCGUUCGGGAAGAUGAAGCUCUCACCACCUACAACAGUCGGUGAUGUUGCGAAAUGUCUCGAGGAAGUGAAGGCAAAGAAAGAACAUUUUGUGCAGCUGCAGAUUCAAGAUAGAGAAGCCAGAGAAAGCAAAGCGAAAGAACAGUUAGAGACUAAACCAGUAGCACCUGAGGCUGAGGAGGUGGACAAGCCUCCACAACCAGAGGUUGCACAAGCUGAUGUUGAACAAUCAGAGGUUGUACCACCAUCUGAAGCUGUGGAUGACUUGACGAAUUAGAGUAGGUUAGUCUGAGGAAGUCUUGAUCUGGCUUUCUUACUUGGCACCGUUGUACAUUCUUUUUUCCAGGUGAAGAAACGGCGUUGCUCAAA